AAGCACACCAGAUUAAUUCGCAACCAACCCAGCAAUACCAUUCGACGAUGUCCCCCCCUUCUAACCCAUCGAUGACUGCCUCAAUGCCUAGUAUCGUGGUUCCCAUUCAUUUAUCUUUGAAUCUCCUCAUUUUUCUUCCACAGGACGAGUACACCAGACUAUUCAGCAACCAACCGAACAAUACUACACCCCAGAGUUUAUGCGGGUUCCCCCUGCAGUUAAGAUGUCUCACUCGAUGCCACGGAGCUCGACCUCAUUUCCCAAUGAUGAACUCACAGUAUCUGGACCUCGAAAUUAUCCAAAUACAAUGUCAAGCUCUAAAUCAUGCUUCUCCAGUCAGACUGAUUUUCCUGGCUCCUCAACAUCGCCCAACCUUUGGGACAGGAGUUCCGCUCCACCGGGCAGGACGCACAUCGCCAACUCAUCGAAUGUCAAUAACGCAACCCACCCUGUUGGUUUCGCCGCCGAUUCAUCAAACCACGUCACCAACAUGUCCAUCGACGCCGCCAUUAAUUCAAGUAGUGCAUCAGAUGCCAGUGAGGCAGCCUCGGCGCCCUCUUUUUCCACAUGCAAAAGUUACGCCCAGCUGAACGAUUCUAUGAUUGACAAUACGGCACGGUCACAAUCUCUAACGGCCAAAUCCAUAAAUUUUAAUGGGUUUAUUCCAAUGAUGCCUAUGAACGCACCUGGUCCACAAAACACCCAUACACACCCUGCAGCGACCAGCUUUAAGCAAUACACGGGCUAUGAAACCCCUUUCCACAACCGCCCAAACUUUCAUAGUGCCCAGUACCACGACAAAGUGAAAAUCUUGCGCCCCCCCGCGUCUGUCGAAAAUCAUUCGCCCAUGAUUUCGAGAUGCAGCAUGGCUCACAACUAGCUGGUCCUUCAUAUCAGCCAGCCCCGUUUAUGGCACCUUCACCAUCCAUUCACCCACAACAAGAUCCUCGACGUGAUCUACUCCUUUGCUCGACUUCCGGGCGCCCUCGUAGUACUCAUACACGGAAAACACACCA